AUGAACCACCGCCCACCCGUCUCGUCUGGAGUGCAAUGGCUUAACAGGAGAGACAUGAGUGUCCGGGCGGAGGACAGCAUGACCCUGUGCCAAAGGGCUCUCCAGAUCGUUACGGAGCUUUGCCUUGCAGGACACGUGGACCGAGAGAAAUGUGCGGAUAUUUUCCCCUCGGAGAGCAGCAUCCAAGGUAAAGGAUACGCAGACAUCUCAAUCAGUCUCCUUGCUGUGGUCGUGGGUUUCUGUGGCCUCGCCUUGUUGGUAGUCUCUCUCUUUGUCUUUUGGAAGCUGUGCUGGCCUAUUUGGAGGAGCAAAACUCUGUCUGGCCAUGUUGAAAACGGCCUCCAUGUGGGUUUCCCCGAGGCGCCUCCUCCCAGCUCCACUCCUGUCAUCGAGUGCAAAGUGGGGGAGGUGGAGAAGAAACACCCGCCGGAGGUAAAAGUAAAUGGACGUAGUUCUGUAAAGUAUCUGGAAGGAGCUAUGAAGAUCAGUCAGACGUCGCCAGACAUUCCCGCAGAGGUGCAAACAGCUCUAAAGGAAAAGAUCAGCAGACAGCCGACAAAGAUCCAAAGGCAGACGACUGAGCCAACAUCCUCCUCAAGGCACAGUUCAUUCCGGCGCCACCUGCCUCGUCAAAUGAAUGUCAGCAGCGUAGACUUCAGCAUGGACAAAGUGCCUCUCCGGCAGUCAUCUACAGUGAGCAUCGGAAGAAUAAAACCAGAAUUGUACAAGCAGAAGUCAGUGGAUUCUGAGGACGAAGCCAAAGGGCAUGUUGAAAUCUGUGGGAAACUCAGUUUCUCACUGCGUUACGACUAUGAGGAGCAGGCCUUGGUGGUAAAGAUCCUCAAGGCCUUGGACCUUCCUGCCAAGGACUUUACAGGCACCUCCGAUCCGUAUGUGAAGAUCUACCUUCUGCCAGAAAGGAAGAAGAAGUUCCAGACACGGGUCCACCGCAAGAAUCUGAACCCCACGUUUGAUGAGACCUUUUGUUUCCCUGUGGCGUAUGAUGAGAUCUGCAACCGCAAGCUGCACUUCAGCGUCUACGACUUUGACCGAUUCAUGAGCCACGACAUGAUUGGCGAGGUUGUGGUGGACAACCUUUUCGAACUCUCAGAUCUUUCAAGGGAGGCAGUGGUAUGGAAGGAUAUCCACGCUGCUACCACGGAGAGCAUCGACUUGGGAGAAAUUAUGUACUCGUUGUGUUAUCUGCCCAAAGCGGGGAGAAUGACCCUAACAGUCAUCAAAUGCAGGAACCUCAAAGCCAUGGACAUCACAGGCUCUUCAGAUCCGUACGUGAAGGUGUACCUGGUGUGUAACGGACGGAGGCUGAAAAAGAGGAAAACCACCACCAAGAAAAGCACACUCAACCCCGUUUACAACGAGGCCAUCAUCUUCGACAUUCCUCCAGAGAACGUGGAGCAAGUCAGUCUGUCCAUCAUGGUGAUGGAUUACGAUCGGGUUGGACACAAUGAGGUGAUCGGUGUGUGUCGAGCAGGUCCAGAUGCAGUGGGUCUUGGACGAGAUCACUGGAAUGAGAUGUUGGCUUACCCGCGGAAGCCCAUCACACACUGGCACGCUCUGGGAGAGGGGCAGGGAAGAGCAGCUAGCUUUGAGAGUCAAGGUUCGUGUCCCUCUCCCAAACCUCUGCAGACACCCUGACAAUUCCAGGUACAGUCAGAACAUGGAUUCCGUGGGAAACCAGAGAUCCCUGUUUAACAUUCUCCAGGAUAUAUUGUAUGAAGACUGAUCAUUUCGUCUGUGGUUGUAUUAUUCACUUGAAUCCAACUUAGUUUAGUGCUCCACAGAGACAGCUAUGCACAACACUCACAGCACUCUGCUUUAGACACAGAUAACCAGAAUAGUAGGCAUUGAAUCAAGGAUUUUAUGGUAGAUCAUUCACUGCAGAUAAUUUAACCCCUUUCAGUAUUAUGAGAAUCUUUCAGGCCUAGCUCAUUAAUGUUUUGCUAUUUUGAUUUACAAAUGGCACAAAGUUAAAGGGCUAUGCUGCUUAGAGCCAGGGAAACAUUUAGUGAUGAACAAACAAGUCACAACCUGAUACCUGCAGGUAACUAAAAAUCUGCAGGAGCUUAGUAAAAGUCAGAAAAUGUAUCUGUCACAUAUGUGUUUAAGUAUUAAUCUCUGACUUUAAGGGAAACAACUGCUGCAGGUACAUGUAGCAAACAUGAGAGGAUGAGGAUAGAUAAAUACAAGUUUACUUAAAUUUUAUCUUUGUUUCCUAAAGCCAGAUGGAAUCUCCAUUUUUAAUUGAUCAAAUGAAAAUGUAGAUUUUAUUUUUCUACCAACACAACAGGAUUUAUGUAGCCCAAAUAACAUACUCUAAAUUAACAGCAGUGUUUUCAAACAUCGUUCUAUACUUCAGUUAUCGACUGCAUUGAUUAAGCUUCAGUUCCAGUCAGAGGUUUCCACCUACUUAUCACAGACAUGAUUGAUUAAUUUGGGUUUAUAAAUGCUUCAGCUUUAACGAGGUAUCCAUAUGGAUUUUGGGGCCUUAUAAUGUUUGCUGCAGAUUUGGCCACUGAACAUAAAUCUCCAACUUCAGAGAAUCUAAGUCGUUUUAGUUAAAUAAUGCAUUGCGUGGGUGAAAUUAGUGCUUAUUUUAAGUACUAGCAGUUUGUCUAUUCUGCUCGGAAAUCCUCGGUGCAACAGAUGCUCACUGGAUUCUUCCUCUAUAGACCUAACAUAUAGUGGUGCAUGAAUAUCGCAGUAAUGUAUUUUUUUAAAUACUGACACCGACCAGGGCUGCACAGUGGCCCAGCAAGAGCUUCUGGGUUUGAUUCCAGUCCUUGGAAUGGAGUUUGCAUGUUCUCCCUGAGCAUGCGUGGGUUCUCACC